GCUUCUGUGUUAAUAUCAAGCAAAAGCAUUGCCAACUCACAUUGCAUGAGAGUGGCCGAGGGGCCCUGCCGUUUUUGCCUAGUCGCCAGUGCCCUUCCCACCCCUCCCCCGGCCACUCACAGGCCAGGUGCGCCGCCGGACGACAUGCAAGGGUUUGCCAAUCCAAUCCAGCCGCUACUCGACUGUUCAUGCAUCUCAUCCUGCUCACCGACCUUCGUGGUCUGGCUUCGGGCCAGUCGCUUGCCCUUCACCCCACCUGCCAGCCCGGCCCAGUCCCCGGGUCGGGUCUGCCAGCCGCUGGUCCAUGCUCUCUCUCGGUCGCUGUCUGUGCAGAAGAAACCUGGCCGCAGCUGCCCGCCUCGACCAGAGCCCUGUCACGCCUUCACGAGACCGCGGCCGAGCCCACAGACCAGCCUAGAAACGAAAAUACAGCCCGCAGAGCCCGCAAAAGACCACAGACCACAGGCCACCGCCGACCGCCCUGUGCUGUCCCCCGGCCCCCCGGCCGUCGCGUCACUCAAUGACCCUCCCAACUCGCCCCGACGCCUCUGGGCCUCUGGGGUCUGCCUCCCCCGGAGGACGGGUCUCCAUACAACCGUGGACGUGCACAAACACCUUCCCCCUCUCCGUGCGUCUCCAGACUUGGUCCCCGGUGGAGACUGCUGUACCUAGAAGCUCGGUAUCUCCGGGCCUUCAUCCCCACUUCGCCGUCUACCCCUCCUCCAAUCCCCUGCCUCCUCGUCCGUCCUGGGCUCUGCUUGUGCCAUGGCCUAGACCCAGAAAGCAAGCGCGCGCUGACCUGGCCUUGGAUACCUGGCCUUGGAUACCUGGCCUUGGGUACCUACCUAUCUGCUAGAGGUGUCUACCACCUACCUAGUUAGUUGGCCACUCCCAAGUUUUAAUCCCCGCCGCCGAUUUGUCGGCCGAGCCCGGCUGGAUCGAGCUUCCAUGAAUUCCACGCCCACGAGCCUG